AUGGCGAAAAAGAAACUGCCGACGAUGAGGCGGAAGCUGAGGCGGGUUGCCGUGCUGCUGUUUCUCUUCAUUGUGGCCACGACUGUUCUUUCCUUCAGGUUCGACACCGCCGCCGAUGAUGGCGCACCGGGGCCAAACAACCUUCGCCACCCGCGCGCGGCCGCAGCGGAUGACGCAGCACUUGCUUACAUCCCGCGCAGUGUUCUGGACACGUGGAGCCGGCGGGAGUAUCUGAUUGUGCUGGGCAUCCCCUCCCCGGACAACGAAGAAAGGCGAACACGACGCAACCUGCAGCGGACGACGUGCUGGCGGUUCCCCGGUGUGGCGACGAGGGCGAACGACUUCACCGGUGCGAUGCUCGUGCUGUACGUACUUGCGCGACACCCGUCGCACGGCUACAACUACUCUGCCGCGCUGCUGGAGGAGGCAGCGCAGUGGCAGGAUGUGGUCGCAAUGCCGAUAAACGAGGGCCGCGUGACGACGACCGCUUCCAUGAGCAAAGCGCAGCAGGAGCGGAACGUCGUGUAA